AUGGAUUUAUCGAUUCGUAAACAAGAACAAUCUCCAACAAUUCCUUCUCGACCCAUAUUAAAUCCAGCAACAUCAACUAGUUUAUUACAAAAUUCAACUGGUCAAAAUUCUCCUCAUAUUCCAAUACCUUCUGUUUCUGCACAUAAUUCUAAUCAUAAACAACAAUUUAUUCCUAUUCCUCCAGUUAUACAACAACAACAGCAACAACAAAAACAUCGUAUUAUACAUCAAUCGAAAUAUGCUCAAUUACUUAAUGUUAUCGAAGAAAUGGGUAAAGAUAUUAAACCAACAUAUGCCGGAAAUAAAAAUUCCGCCGAACGUUUACGACGUGCUAUUGCAUCAGCUCGUAUUUUAACUCGAGAAUGUCAACUUGAAUGUGAUCGAAAUAAUCGUUCUUAA